CUGAACCCGGAAAAUAAACCAAAAUGGCGGAACGUAAAAACAGCAACGAUGCUGGAGAGCAAACGCAUCCAGACGCAGAACCACCUAAAUUGUCAGACUUGCUGGACCGUGGCUGGAAGAUAUUUGAGGAGGUGGACAGUACAAAUGAACCCCUUGGCUCAAACAGUAUUCAGGUCAGAGUUAAACGCGGUGUUGAUGUUUUAGAAGAAGCGUCCAGAAUGGUCGCUCAGCUCGACCUCUUCAGCCGCAAUGAAGAGCUGGAGGAGAUAGCCACGGCAGACCUGAAGUAUCUGCUGCUGCCCGCCCUGUUAGGAGCUCUGAUUAUGAAGCAGACCAGCCGGGACAAACGACUGGAGAUAGUGCAAACAGCCCGGGAUUACUUCAUGGAUUUCUUGAGGAGAUGUAGAGAGUAUAACAUAUCACAGUUUAAACUGCCAAACCCGACGAAUGCAAAUACUAGUCCUGACAAUGCAUCAGAAAAUGGAAACUCCGAAGCCAAGUCUGUCCCCUGCUCAUCAGACCUGGUUAGCAUGGGAGCACAACGACAAGCGAAGAUUGAACGGUAUCGCCAGAAAAAGCUGCUGGAGGCCAGGUUGUCAGACAUGCGUAGAGCUGUGGACAGCGGGCAGGCUGAUGAUGAAGUGAGCAGAGAUUUUUACCUUCUGAAUGUCCAGAGAUGGAUCACCGUGUGCUUGGAGGAAAUAGAGAGCAUUGAUCAGGAGGUGGAGAUUCUCGGAAAGAUGGAUGUUCUGAGGCAGUGUCCUGUGAAGCAGCCAACUCGGCCUUCCCAUCAUCCCAUCAAACCUUUCAUCCUUACCAAGGAUGCUGUACAGGCUCAGGUAUUCGGGGCUGGUUAUCCUAGCCUACCCACCAUGACAGUAGAUGACUGGUAUGAGCAGCACAGAAAACAUGGAGCCCUGCCUGACCAGGGUAUACCUAGGAAGGUAGCUGCGAAGGAGGACACUGAUGUACAGGAGAUGGAAGAAGAAGAAAAGGAGAAAAAGGCUGAAAAUGAUGAUGAGGAGUCUCUGCUGAAAGCCAGAAACUGGGAUGACUGGAAAGACACUCACCGCAAAGGUUAUGGAAACCGCCAGAACAUGGGCUAAUUCAUCCCAACAAAAUAUGUGUCCAAACCAACCUACUUCUAUAUUAAAUUCUAUUCUAAUCAGCCCUCGAAGUGGAUGUUUGUCACAUUUCUAAUCCUUAAAAUUGUUGAGUUUCAGAAGGUCACCAAACCAAGAAAAAAUGCAGAGCACUGUCAAACAAACCUAUUCAUUGAUUAGUUAUUUUGCAGCUUGACACUGAACUGAUUUUCUCAUGUUUCAUUUGCUAUUGCCAUUUACAAUGUUGGAUUCAACAGUCCUCUGUGUUGUAAUGUUUAUGAGUCUCAUUAAAAAUGUGUAAUUUGGCUUGACUGAA